UGUCGUCCGUGUAGCAGCUGAUAUAAGGACGUGGUUCGUUCCGGGGAAAAGUGGGUCUUUUGCUGCUCCAUGAAAGACGGUUUUUACAGCAGAUUAUGUUUUAGCUCAUCGGCGUAUAUUUUUUUAGAUCUCACUUGUGAAAACGAUGGCACACGUUAGUGUUCCGUGUGUGCUGUGAUGCCCUCGCUGCCGAGCUCACACCGACGGAGGAAACAAUGCGGGCCUGGUUCUGCUGAGCUGUAGCCGAGCUGCUAAACUGGGAUUUAAACCCGAGACCGAGCUGUGAUUCCGAGCUGCCGCGACGCCAAACACCACAAUGAGUUCGCAGCUACAAGUCUUCUCUCCCCCAUCAAUCUCCUCCAGUGCCUUUUGUCGGGUCAAGAAGCUCAAGGUGGAAAGCAAUGUGUGGGACGUAUCUGCCACCGAACCGUAUGGUUCCAUCGCAGGCCAGUCGGCGUACGCAUUUACCCCAGCCAUGGCUGUGCCGCCUUUUGCGCCAUCCCUCGUCUUCCCUCCUGCAGCAUCUGGCUCCAGGGCUCAAGUUGUGGUGCGUGCAGCUGAUAGUACAGGUAGUCUUCCUCGUGGAUCCAGUCGACGUGUCGCUGAACAGGUGGCAUCCUCCUCCUACAAUCAUGACGCACCCUCAGAAACAAGGGCACAAAGACAUGGGCAGAAAAGAAAGAUCGAGGCGACCUCUGCAGGUAGCGGGAGUGGAUGUGGAAGUGUCCAAAUAUUAGAGGAGCUAUCGGCUCCUGCAGCAACUUACUCCACCCGUACUGGUGGUGGGGGAGGGGGCACUGGUCAGUCUAUACCUCACUCAGCUCCAACCACCAAGAGCAGCAGCUCCAAUGGGGAGGGAGACUAUCAGCUUGUGCAGCACGAGAUCCUCUGCUCCGUGUCCUGCAGCUAUGAAGUGCUGGAGUUCCUUGGAAGGGGCACGUUUGGACAAGUAGCCAAGUGUUGGAAGAGGGGAACUAAUGAGAUUGUGGCAAUCAAGAUUCUAAAAAACCAUCCUUCAUAUGCUCGUCAGGGCCAGAUUGAGGUUGGCAUCUUGAACCGACUGAGUGCAGAGAAUGCAGAUGAAUAUAAUUUUGUGCGCUCAUACGAAUGCUUCCAACACAAGGGUCAUACCUGCUUGGUGUUUGAGAUGCUCGAGCAGAAUCUGUACGACUUUCUCAAGCACAGCAAGUUCAGCCCACUCCCUCUACGGCACAUCAGACCCAUCCUCCAGCAGGUGGCUACGGCACUGAUGAAGCUGAAAAGCCUGGGACUGAUCCAUGCUGACCUGAAACCAGAAAACAUUAUGCUGGUUGACCCCCUUAGGCAGCCCUACAGGGUGAAAGUUAUUGACUUUGGCUCAGCAAGUCAUGUUUCCAAAGCGGUGUGCUCAACCUACUUACAAUCUCGCUAUUACAGAGCUCCAGAGAUUAUUUUAGGGCUUCCAUUCUGUGAAGCCAUUGACAUGUGGUCUUUAGGCUGUGUGAUUGCUGAGCUGUUUCUGGGUUGGCCUCUCUAUCCUGGGGCUUCUGAGUAUGACCAGAUCCGUUACAUUUCUCAGACUCAAGGCCUUCCAGCUGAGUAUCUGCUGAGUGCCGGCACCAAGACCAGCCGCUUCUUCAACAGAGGUCCUGACUCAAGCUACCCCCUCUGGAGGCUUAAGACUCCAUCUGAGCAUGAAAUGGAGAUGGGCAUCAAAUCGAAGGAGGCGAGGAAGUACAUCUUCAACUGUCUGGAUGACAUGAUGCAGGUCAACCUGUCAUCUCACCUGGAGGGGACAGACAUGCUGGCUGAGAAAGCUGAUAGACGGGAGUUUAUAGACCUGUUAAAGCGAAUGCUUCGUCUGGAUGCUGACAAAAGGAUCACGCCUACGAAAACUCUGGGUCACCCCUUUGUCACAAUGAGCCACCUAAUGGACUAUCCUCACAGUUCCCAUGUAAAGUCGUGCUUCCAGAAUAUGGAGAUCUGCAAACGCAGGAGCUCCUACGACAGUGGCAAAUCCCUGUACUCCUCCAAUGCAGUUCCCAGCGCUGCAGCGGGCAACCUCACCGUUACUUUCAGUAGCCAGCUCAACCAACACAACCACCAGGUGCCUUCUGCAGGGGGCGCCGUGCCUUUGCUGAACUACCAGCCAGCUCUCUACCAGCAGGCGACCAUCAACAUUCCCGGGCUGGCUCAGCAGAGCGUUCCCAUUCCAGCUCGCCCCGCUGGGCUGUGUAGCCAGACGGAGCCCUUCCAGCAGACCCUCAUCGUGUGUCCUCCCUCCACUCUUCAAGGGCUACAGUCAUCCAGUAAGAGCUCCAGUUUCCCUGUGAGGGUGGAGAACUCUGUACCCAUAGUACCUCAAAACCAGUCUGCUCAGUCUCUGCAGAUCCAGCCAAGUAUGCUUACGCAGGGUUCCUGUACACCCCUGAUGGUUGCCACCUUGCACCCACCCUCAGCAGGCAUAGCCCCCCAGUAUUCUCUGCCCCUUGGGCUUGGUACUGGGGUGGGUCGGCCCACUCUGCUGGAGCACACAGCCACAGUGCUGCAGACCUGGCCUACUGGUACCCAACAAAUCCUAAUACCAUCGUCAUGGCAGCAAGUCCCCGGUGUGGCCAUCCACAGUUCUGCUCGCCAGUCAAAUGUCACUAACUCACCCCUGGAAACUGUUCACCCAGAUGCUACCAUGCAGCAGGGACACAGCUGGCGGAACAUAACCCAGGCCAGGACUCAGCCGGAGAGGAAGAAGGUGAAAGCCAGACGUGGAGAGAACAGAAACAGGGGUAUGUCAUCUGGAUCCUUUCUCAGUAAUAGCGGUGUGACUCCACCCAGCUCCACGGUCACAUUGUCCCAGCCGAUCGUCAUCUCCGACACCCCCAGUCCAGCUGUGAGCAUCAUCACUAUUCACAGCGACACGGACACGGAGGAUGAGCGCAAGUUCCACCCUGCCAGUGUUGGACUGAGCCGAUCUGAGCGCACUAACGUGAUCAGCUGUGUGACCGUGCAUGACUCGGAUUCAUCUACAGCCAGCCCUCUGACCCCCCUCCCCUGCUCCCUCAACCCGUCUGGCACCGGGUCAUCACGGCAGGCCAAGUCACUGGCAGUGGUGGCGCCUUCAGUGAAAACCCAGGCAUCUGAGAUGGGGGCAAUUUCACGUGGUCAUUUAAAUAGUGUGGCUUACAUGAAACCUAAGAGAUUUAACCGGCAGCCGUGCAGUUCUGGCGAGAGCAUGGAUCACCAUGGACUGGUCCCAAGCCAGUCGCACCCUUUAAAUCUCAGCCAGGUUCAGUCGGUGGUUUCUUCAUCUCAGGAGCGUUCGGGAGCAUCCCACAGCGAAUCAUCUCUACACCGCCAGCAGACGUUCCCGCCGGUCGUCUCUGCCUCUCACUACAACUUCCCCGAUGUGUCAGCCCUGGCAUCGAGCUCGGCUGCUGCUACCACCCUGUACACUUACCCGGCCUCCGCCGCCCUCUCCUCAGCUUCUCAGGCCAUGGAGCAGCUGCUGGCUCGUGGUCACAGCAGCCACGGGCGUUCCCCCUCCGCCUAUGCAGCAACAUACACCUCAUCCUCCAGGAGAGACUCAGCCAGUCGUAAGGAUUCUGUCAGUCUGCUGCACGGCCUCCCCGCAGCCUAUCAGCACCAGUUCACCGCCGGCUCUCCGUACGUUAGCGUGACGCCCCGGGCUGAGGCUUACGCCGCCUACCAGCUAAGCCCCAGACGCCUCGCACAGUACCCUUACCUAUAGGGAGUCCUAUAAAUGUAAACACAGAAGAUAAAGCAUCUAGUUCCCCUCUCACAUGCUAUCACAAAGGGACAUUUAAACUGUAGAAUAACUCUUGGUUACUUCUUUGUCUGCUGCUUUUAACAAGAGAGCAUUUCACCUCUAGCUGAUUUUUGUGCUCUUUUGGUCUAUUUGAGUUCUUGAAAUUACCUUUGGUAUUAGUUUAAUGUAUUCUAUUUUCCUUUUUAAAAACAUUAUUGAUCGUAUUUCAUCCCGAGCAUAUUCAACCCAGUCAUGGUAUUGUGUUAAAUGUAUUUUACAUAUGUUUUAUCUUGAGGUUGUGUGUGAAGAGAGAUCACCCUCCUGUCACUAGCAGCGACCACACUUUAGGUGAGCUUUUUAGAUGCCUGACUUGCAAGGCUUGUGACGCUCAGACUAUUUAGUUUAUCGUGAGCCUUGUUUCCAAGUCUCCACACUAAUCCACUUGAGGUCCUGUGUUUUUAGUGAACGUAAUGUCUUUUCACUCACAUGUCUUUUUACUGUAUUUAAAUUGUUUUUGUAAGUGUGAAGUAGGAAGGUCCACAAAGAUGUUGAAUAAGAGCGGUGCGGUGAAAACUAAUGUUAAUUUAAAUACACAUUGUGGUAAUUUGUUUAUGUAGUGACCAGUGUUUAGGGAGGACCAGUCAUGUCCUUUAUGCAAUAGAAUUAAAACUACAUAACUGAGUACUGAAUGUAUUUAUGAAGUUCAGAGUGUGAUCACCUUCCUGAGGAAUAUUGUCAUUGUUAAAAACCCAACCCGACUCCUCCCACUCUCUCCCACUCUCUCUCUCUCCUUUAACAUGUAAACGUACAGUUUCACAUGGACUGGAAAAAAUAGUAAUUCUUAAUAUGUAAAUGUCUGUGUUUGUGUGAAUCCUGAUUGUGUAGGACCUGCAGUUAUUGCAACUGAUUUAUGGCCAGUUUUUUUUGUUUUAGUUUUUUUGGGGAUACUUAUGAAAUGCUUGCGAAAAAGCUAUAAAUAACUUACCCACUGUGCUGCAAAAAAAAAAGAAUACAAAUGGGGGUAUCCAGUGUCUGAGAAAACAUUUCUCUCAUGUCAUCUUACCUGAUCAGACUCCUUACAAAUUAGUCACAUCCUCGUUCCUACCAAAAACAAAUUGUUUCUACUUUCAGAUUUCAGCGUGGAAAACUGCGGUCACUGUUAACAACAAGUGUGGCUGUUAAGCAGGUUUUCCCUCUUCACCAUCUUUAUUUUGAAAGAGCUGAAUGUGGAUGGUUUAUGUUGGGUCUUGAAAAGCUUUUUAUUAAUCCCUUUUGCUGUUUUUUGCACCAGGGUGUGUCUUUUAUUUUAUUUUUUGUCUGAAUAUUUAACUGUAUUUCAUCUUAACAUAGUAGCUAUAGUUAAGAGGUUGUUUGGUAGAACUAAUUCAGGGGAAAAGGUUUCAGCUCAAAUAAUCCACAUCACUGUUUCCAAUAAAAUAACCACAAUGUC